AUGGCGGCGGAGUGGAGCGUCCUCCUCCUCACCUGCCAGCGCGGCGGCUGCGUCUCCGCCUUCCAGCGAGAGCUGGAGGCCCGCCGGCUGAGGGGCGGCCUGGGCCCGCGGCCCCCCGCGCUGCUGCUGGCUGUGGAGGACCCCUGGGCCCGCCUGGGCAGCGGCGGGGCCACCCUCAACGCAUUGCUGGUGGCGGCCGAGCACCUCAGCGCCCGGGCGGGCUGCACGGUGGUGAGCUCCGACGUCCUGAGGGAAGCCCGCAUCCUCAUUCUGCACACGGGCCGUGACUUCUCCUUUGACGACUGUGGCCGGGCCUUCACCUGCCUGCCCGUGGAGGAGCCCGGUGCCCUGGCCGAAGCUCUGGUCUGCAACCUGGACAGCCUGCUGUGGACCAUGACCCACCGGCUCUGUGUGGGCUCCCCGCCCGGCGUGUGGGUCUGCAGCACUGACAUGCUCCUCACUGUGCCCUCGGCACCAGGGAUCGACUGGGACGGCUUCCAGGGUGUCAGAGUGAUCGCAGUGCCUGGGAGCCAGGCGUAUGCCAGGAACCACGGGGUCUACCUCACCGAUGAGCAGGGGCUGGUGCACGACAUCAUCUACAAAGGCACGGAGGCACAGAUCCAGCAGUGUGCAGGGCCUGAUGGCACCGUCCCACUGGUCUGCGGGGUGGUUUUCUUCUCCUCAGAUGCUGCCGAGCAGCUUCUGGCCACCCACGUCAUCCCUCCUCUGGACGCCUGCACCUACUUGGGGCUGGACUCAGGGGCACCACCCAUCCAGCUCUCCCUCUUCUUCGACAUCGUGCUGUGCAUGGCAGGGGGGAUGACGGAGGAGGAGUUCGUGAAGGGUGGUGGUGAUGCCAGUGUGAGAAGUGCCCGCUCUGUGCUGUGGACAGCUCUCCGUGCCUUCCCUCUUAGCAUGGCGUGCAUCCCUGAUGCGUCCUACGACUACAUGACCACCUCUGCGAGCGACCACAUCCGCAGCCUGACGCUCCUGCCCGGCUCUGCCAGCCACCUCCGCUUCUGCAAAACAGCCCAUUCCCACAUCGACCAGCCCUGUCUCCUGGAGGACGGCUCUUCGGUCACCAACUGCUUGCUGGAAGGAGCCGUGCGGCUGGCGACCGGCAGUGUCAUCCAGCACUGUCACCUCCAGGGUCCCCUGGAGAUCGGUCCUGGCUGUCUCCUCUCAGGCCUCACCCCAGGCUGCUCGCCAGCCCUGCAGGGCUGUCCCCUGCACGACGUUGUCCUGCAGGGCCACCACGUCCGGCUGCACAACCUGCCCUGCCGCGUGUUCACUCUCACCGGCCGCCUCGACGACUGGCAGAGCCCUGCCGACGAGGCCACCUACUUGAACGUGCCCUGGGCUGAGUUUUUCCAUCGGACAGGCAUACGGGAAGGGGACCUUUGGGACGCCGAGAUGCCGCGGAGGAGCCGCUGCCUGCUCAGUGCCCGGCUCUUCCCGGUGCUGCACGCCUGCGAGGCGCUGGGGCUGGAGGACGUGCUGUGGUUGCUGGCCCCGGCAGCGGUGGCCGGUGAGCGGCUGGCACGCUGGCGGGCGGCCUGGCGCAUGUCCUGGCAGGAGCUGCUGCCCUGCCUGGACAAGGCGGCCGAGCUGGGCGCCCGCCGGGCCCUCUUCUUCCUGCAGGGCCAGCACAAGGUGCGGCGGGUGCUGCUGGGGCGCCAGGACAUCAGCCUCCUGCCGCUUGCCCGCAGCGCCGUCCACGAGGGCUACCACGAGGCUGUGCUGGGCACACUGGACGAGGUUGCCUCCACGGCCGGUGAUGCUGGCAUCGCGGCCCGGGCGCUCGCCUGCAUCGCCGAUGUCCUGGGCUGCAUGGCGCGAGGGGAAGGGGGCUUGCGGAGCGGGCCUGCUGCCAACAGGGAGUGGGCCUCGGCUUUCAGGCUCCUGGAGAGUGGGGACAUUUCCGGUGGCAUCCGGGAGUUGGCUGCUGAGCGGCAGAAGUGGAUGAGCAGGUCGGCUCUGCUGGUGAGAGCGGCUCGGCAUUACGAGGGGGCCGAGCAGAUCCUUGUGCGGCAGGCAGUGAUGUCCUCAUGCCAGUUUGUCACCGUGGGGCAGGCGGAGCUGCCACCCUUGGGGCACUGGGUGCAGGUGGCAUGUCCGGCCCGCCUGGACCUCUCCGGUGGCUGGAGCGACACCCCCCCUAUCACGUAUGAGCAUGGGGGGGCUGUGGUGGACGUGGCGGUGCUGGUGGACGGGUGCCGGCCCAUCGGUGCCCGGGUGCGGCGCAUCGGUGAGCCAGAGCUGCGCCUCGUCAGCCUCAGCAGGACGCCACAGAGCGAGGCGGCGGUGGAGCUGGUGUGCCGGGAGCUGGAGCACUUGCAGGAUUACUGCCAGCCGCACGCACCAGGAGCCUUGCUCAAAGCUGCCUUCAUCUGCACCCAGGUCGUGCACUUCCCCUCGCAGAAACCCCUGCGGGCCCAGCUGAUGGAGAGCUUCGGGGGUGGGUUUGAGGUGCACACCUGGUCCGAACUGCCCCACGGGUCUGGCCUCGGCACCAGCAGCAUCCUGGCAGGAGCGGUGAUGGCAUCGCUGUACCGGGCGGCCGGGAAGGCGGCCAGCACCGAGUCCCUCAUCCACGCCGUGCUGCACCUGGAGCAGAGGCUCACGACAGGCGGCGGUUGGCAGGACCAGGUCGGUGGGCUCGUGCCCGGCAUCAAAAUCGGGAGGUCGAAGGCCCAGCUGCCGCUCAGGGUGGAGGUGGAGAAGAUCCCGGUGCCCGAUGGUUUUACGCAGACCCUCAACGAUCACUUGCUGCUGGUGUACACGGGAAAGACUCGCCUGGCCCGCAACCUGCUCCAGGAUGUGGUAAGGAACUGGUACGCCAGGCUGCCCUCCGCCGUGCAAAACGCUGAUGCGCUGGUGAGCAACGCCGAGGAGUGUGCCCAGGCCUUGAGGCAAGGUAACCUCUCGCUCGUCGGCAAGUGUCUGGACCGCUACUGGCAGCAGAAGAAAUGCAUGGCCCCUGGGUGCGAGCCACUGGCUGUCGGGCGUAUGAUGGAUGCUCUCCGGCCCUACGUCUACGGGCAGUGCUUGGCUGGGGCCGGCGGUGGCGGCUUCCUUUACGUCCUAACCAAAGCCCCUCGGCAGAAAGAAGCUUUGCACCAAAUUCUAGCAAAAACUGAGGGACUGGGCAACUUCAGCAUCCACAGCAUCGAAGUGGACACAGGCGGUUUCUCUGUGGAGGUUGUGGGAUGCAAUCCAAAGGACGGUGCUCACCCCAGAGAGGACGUGGCUGUGUGAAGGCCUUCAGCCGUGACCCAUUCCUGGCAGAUAUGUGGGGCAGGGGAGGGAGCAGCCAGCUGCCUUCC